GUCCAAUUCUCCGUCGACAAAGGAAGAGCGAUGGCGCUGCCGUGGGAAGCGAUCGUCGGGAUCGUGCUCUUGCUCAUUUUCUAUGUGCUCUGCCGCAUCCUCCAGAACUACGUCAUGUACACGCGUCGCGGGUACGAGCCAAUCCCGGACGCCGAGAAGCCGGGCUUGUCCGCCCACCUCAUCACGCAUUCCAAGGACUCGGUCGAGAUCCUCAUUGAGAAGGACCGUCAAGGCCGCUCAUGAUAGACACAUUGUGGCCCAUAAUAAUGCAUGUCGUUGGUUGAUGA